CUGUUUUUCUCCGUUAUUGCUCAACUUGUACUCCUCUUUCUGGUUCUUCCUCCUUCGGGGCAGGUCGGGCUCGUUCAAGCUAAGAACGAUUUUUGUCGAUAUUUUUCCACUGGUCUGGUACCACUUUGGAUGAUGUUUCUAUCAAGAGCAUUGGAAACCGAUGCCAAUGGUUCAAUUACAUUCUUGCACCAGGUAAACUUUCAGACUGUGUCAGCAUUCUUCCUUGGAUGGGUAUUCUAUGCAUCAAUUUCUACUCUCUUGACUUCUUUGCAUCGGAAAAGAAUGAUCAUAAGAUUGCGGGCCUUGCUAGUAGCCUCCACCGUUCAAAACGACUCCAUUAUACAUAUCUCGCCCCCUUCAAUCGAUCGAGUUUUCUCUCCUCCUGCAGGCGACAAUGUACAACGUAUCCUGAUCAUCAUGAUGUUUGCCUCUUUCGUGACGGGUGGUCUGACCAACUUUGGGUCUUUACUAUCAUUUCAGAACUCUAACCUAUGUGCCUUCUUGGUCACUUGGAGUAUUCUCUCGCUGGACACAGCGCGCUUAAUGGGCUUGUGCAUGCUUCUUCUUGCUCUCAAGCACUUGGGCAUGAAACAAUGGGAGCUAGUUAUUUCUCUCAUUUGGUUAUUGACUGGCCUUGCUUUUGUGUUCAUCAACGCUGCAUUGGCCACAGGUGUUACGCAAACUAUACCUGGACCACAACUUGGCAUCUCAUUCUGUUUUCCGAUCACGAGACACAUUUUUCCAACAUCCGCAGUGGUGUCAACUUCAAUUUACCUUUGCCUGGAAAUUUUUGUUGUCGUUCGUUUGUUGUUCAAGCUCCCCAGACCGCAGCUUUACAGACGGCGGGGAUGGGCUUAUCUUUUCAAUACUCAAAUAAUCAGAGCGCUAUCCCUUGUGCUGCUCGACUUACUAACUUUGGUACCCUCUGCUAUUACUACUGAUACAUUAGGAGAUCCUAUUUCAUAUAGCAUUGGUGCCAUUGGAGUAUUGCCCAUGAUGCGGAUGACCGGCAGCUCAUCAACAUACAAGAUUCACCCGACGUGUCUCCAGCUUCAGCGCUGACAUCUAGUAGCCCAGCAUCGACCCAAAAAGACGCU